AAUGGAAAGUAGUAACAACACAGAAAGAGGAUCUUACUCAAGAUUCAAAGGGGUUAUAGCAUUGAAAAGUGGGAAAUGGGGAGCAAGAAUCUCAAACACAUACAAACCAUACUGGCUUGGAACAUACGAAACAGAGGAGGAGGCAGCUGUGGCUUAUGACAGAGCUGCCAUCAAGCUUCAACGAAGCGAUGCACCUCUGAACUUCCAUUGGACGAGCUAUUCCGCUGAAGAGUGCACUUUCCAAAGCCUGCACUCAAGUGAGGACAUCCUUAGUAUGAUUAAAGAAAAAACAUACUCAACCAAUCUCAAAAACUUCAUCUCCUCAACAAAGCAUCAGCAGCCAAACGAAGGGACUCCAACUGCAAGUUCAAGCAAUGGACAAGGAAUCACACACAAUUUACUCUUUCAGAAGGAGCUCACUCAUAGUGAUGUCUGCCACAAGAGCUUUCUUGUCCCAAAGGAAUUUGCAAUUCAACAUUUUCCCUAUCUUUCGGGCAGCAUUUCAGGAGAUGAAGAUGUCUACGACAACGAUGAAGAAGAAGAAGAGCAAGGACAAGGACAAGAAGAAGAUGAAGGCAUGAAUAGGACUUCAAUGAGAUUAACCUUCUAUGACAAACAUCAACGUUCAUGGACAUUUGGGUAUUCAUAUUGGAGGAGUACAAAAAGCUUUGUUUUUACACAUGGUUGGAGGCAUUUUUUGAAGAUGAAUAAUCUUAAACCGAAAGAUAAAGUUCUGUUUUAUCGAUGUGCGAGGGAAGAUCAGGUGAAGGAGGGCAAAUGGUUUUACAUGAUUGAGGUGGAAAAGAAUUGCAGCAGCAAAGCGGAGGUAGAGGCAGAUUGUAUUGGAGGAGGAGAAAAGGGAAAAAGUAAAGGAAUUAUGCUAUUUGGUGUGAAGAUUGAUUAAUACAAAGCCACAUCAAUCUUUAUU